CAUCCACUUAGUUUCAGUUCUAAAAAGAAAAAAUCUUGCCCAUUAAAUUGUUGUAAACAAAAAAUUAUACUAAAAAUGCAAAUCGAAGUGAAGUGUAGUUGCGGGGCAGAGAAAUGCCCCGAAUGGGCAAUUGUAGAAGUGCAAGGUGUAGUUGAAGUUCAGCCUUCGUUUCAAGAUUUGGUUCAAAACCUCGUCAUCGGACAACUUUGCCGCCCUUCUUCUCAGGAAGUUUACACUUUGACGGUUGGGUAUCAUGAAUUGACUGGAUCUAAGGUGACACUGAAGAAGCCCUUGUUAGUUUUAAAGAAAGUGAAGGGCAGUAAUGGCGGUUCAGCGAAUAAGGUGGACUUGGAUGUCAUCGGCAUCAUUCGUCAUAAGAUUUUGUUUAAGAACAGACCCAGGGCUUUAAUUACCAAACUACAGCCGGCCGUGAAGGAAAGAGCCAAUGGCGCUGCUUCAAAUUCCGCUGCUAUAUAGGAAAGUAGCGUGCUAUUAUGAUGAUUUUUUCGUAUCCUAGGAUUUAUUAUGUGCCUAUUAUGUGACUUUGGAUGUAGUUAUUCAGAAUGUUGAAUACAGAAUUGUCGAGUUUUCA